AUGAAAGACUUCCGAAGGCGGCACCAAUCCCGAUCUCGUUUCAACAAUUCCGAUUUCGAUAUAUUAAUUCCGAAAUCCAGUUUCGGUUUCAAGUGCGAGACCAAAAUGCUGAUAGUUAAACUAAUUUCUGAUUUAGAUUUCGUUUUUCAAUGCCGAUUUAUAAAUGAUGUCCCAAUCACUUCCGAUUUCGAUUUCAGAACCGAAUGUGAUGUUGGAGUUGACCCGGUUCCGAUUCCGACGAAUUCCGAUGAUGGGAAUGGUUCGAAAUUAAAAUAGAAUAUCAACUUCAUUACUUGGAAGAAGAAGAAGAAGAAGGAAAGAAGUAAAGCGCAACGAGGCGGAGCCGUCGCCGUCGCCGUCGAACGGAGAAUUCUGCCAUUAGCAACGCUUUCGCAGCAAAAUCAUAUAAUUCAUUGCUUGAUACCUGAUUACCCUCUCUGCUUGUUCUCAAGAUGUCCGCAAAUGUUAUAUCUCGGUUCCCGGCCAUCGGAUUUUACUUCCACGCCAGCUGAACAUCAAACUUUUUUAAAGUUUUGCAUUGCAUCUGCUGCUACGGACAACUUUCUUUUCAGAAGGAUUUCUGUUUAUUUCCUUGAAAAUUUGAAUGAAUUGGAAGCGGUUUCUAUUCUUGGGUACCAGUUGGUUGUUGAACAAAACCACCAUGAAUUCUAUUCCCGUCUGCUGCAGAACUUGGUGCGUAGCGAGACAGAAAAGAGGGAGCUGUAUGAGAAUGUUGACCGCCUUGUCUCCCGUGCACACAAAACCGAAUGGUUGGAUGGUAUUCAUGACCGUUACCAUUGGGUUGCUUACGCCUGUAUCAAAGGUAUUUUCGGGGCGACUAUGCGUUUUGCAGCAGCCUGGUACAAGGUUAAUCGGAUCAAUGGACAUAAAGGCUUUUCAGUCGUAUGUGAUUUCAUCAGCAGGGAUCUGCAGUAUCAUUUUCAAUGUGCUUGUCAAAUGUACACUUGCUUGCCGUUCAAACCUCCGAAUUUAUAUGUCAAACGCAUUGUUAGAAGAGCUGUUGCAAUCGAAAAGGGUUUCUGUCUUGAAUCCCAUUUCUGUUUAAUCUCCUCAAUAGCGGUGCCAGAUAUGAUGUCAUUCAUCGACCAUUGUGGUGAAUUACUAUAUACCGCUCUGACCGGCUGUGUUCUAACGCCAAACGCACCUCAAGUUCCACUAGAAUUGAUGUUUGGUGAACAUGUUAUGAUACCUCCACCCCAAUCUUGA